GAACCUUUUGUAAAUGAUUUGACAUUGCUACAAUAAACAUGCUUCCUUUGGCACAUAAGGACUCAUCAAGUGUAAUUUGUAAAAUAAAAGAAAAAAUUCUUGGAUGGAAACGACUGAUUUGGUCUGAUAAAACUAUUAGAAAUUUAUUUCUUUUUCUCGUUUUAAACUUUACUUUUGCAUUUGUUGAACUUAUGUAUGGAAUUUGGACCAACAGUUUAGGAUUAAUAUCCGAUAGUUUUCACAUGUUUUUCGACUGUACUGGUUUAAUUGCUGGCUUAGCAGCUUCAGUAAUUACAAAGUGGCGAGCUAAUGAACAAUAUUCUUAUGGAUAUGUACGAGCAGAAGUACUUGCUGGUAUGGUUAAUGGAUUGUUUUUAGUAUUUAUUGCAUUUUUUAUAAUGUCAGAAGCUGUAGAAAGAGCUAUCGAACCUCCAGAAGUUAAACAUGAAAGACUAUUUUUAAUUUCUGUGUUAGGACUUAUAGUGAACUUAAUAGGAAUUUAUGCUUUUAACCAUGGUCAUGGAGGAGACUGUGGAUUUAGCCAUAAUCAUAAUUAUGGAAGUGGUCAUGUACAUUCACAUUCCCAUGGAAAUCAUAUUCAUUCACACAAUCACGAUCAUUCUCAUAAACAUGUUAUUGAAGUUGACCACUCUCAUGGAGGUUCUGGAAAUUCACAAAUAAUGAAGGGUGUUUUUCUACAUAUAUUAGCAGAUACUCUUGGCUCAGUUGGAGUAAUUAUUUCUGCUGUAUUAAUGCAAAUGUUCGGCUGGAUGAUAUCUGAUCCAAUUUGUUCAAUGUUUAUUGCAGUUUUAAUAUUUUUAAGUGUUUUACCUCUUUUGAAAGAAUCUAUGAUUAUUCUUAUGCAAAGGCAGCCUGGAGCAUUAGAUCACAUUUUGCCUCAAUGUUACAAUAAAGUUACCCAGUUAGCUGGUGUAUAUAGUGUUCAAGAUCCACAUUUUUGGACUUUAUGUACUGACAUUUAUGUAGGUUGUAUGAAAUUAGAAGUAGCGAGAACAGUUGAUCCUAAAUAUGUCAUUGCACAUACACAAAUGAUAUUUCAAGCAGCUGGAAUCAGGCAGUUAACUAUUCAAUUGGAUUACUCAUCUUCGUGAUUAUAGUCAAACAAUGUGUUAUUUGAGUACUGUUUUUUUUUAACAGUUCAUGUUAGAAUAUGAAAAUAGUAAAGAACAAUAAACAUUAAUUAUUCUAUUAAAGAAUAACAAAUUUUGUUGAAGUUUAUAAGGAUAAACAAGUUAUGCAGACAGAAUGUAAUGCAUUAAAAUAUAAAUUUAUGUCAAUUGAAGUCUAUUUUAAAUAUUAGUUA